ACAAUAAAUAUAUAUACAAUAGAUUUUAUUUUAAAACAUUUUGAUUAAUCCUUAUACAAUGCCAUAAUUUAUUUACCUUUGCAAAGGUGAAAUAAUUAAAAUACAUACGUGUUACGGUAUGUUGCAUAACCAUUUUGUACCUGUUAUGUCAUGUAUUUUGUACUUUACAACACAAGAAGACGUAAUAAAUUCCACUUAUCUUACUUGAUCUUUUUGCAUGAACGAUGUUAAGUACCUAUAUACAGAAAUUUGUCAAAAUGUUUUCAUUGAGAAACAUACUAUAUUUGCUUCUUUUGACCACUACGAUUGUUUUUGCUUUCAUUACGGUAUCAUAUAGCGAUUGGUUAAAUGAUUUAAAAGAAAGGAUUCGAUCAUUUUCUUAGAAAUCGUGCAAUUCUUCGGGCGUAAUACGUAGCGUCGUUUCUCGUGCGUAAACGCGAUUAAUAACACGAAAAGACUAACUUUCACUGCGACUUCGUUACUUUCUGCUUCGCGACACGCCGAAAGCUUUUCACUUCUCGCAGUUAUCAUGUAAUGAUUCUUAAAGUGAGAGUUAAAUUAUACUUGUGCGUAUUUGACGUAAUAAAAAGUUUUUAACAUGUAUAAUCCUCGAAAGAAGUUUCUGCACGGAAGAUUAAAGAAAUAGAAGAAAAAAACAAAAAGUUCUUCAAUAUGAAACGAAAUAGUUCGAAAACCUCCAAACCAACUGACAGCAAAAAUUUGAACGUAGGAAUCGGCACUGCGAGAUUUACUUUUAAAAACGGAGACAGCUACGAGGAAAAAUAUCAAGUAAACGUUGACAGACGCACCUUAGUUAAACAAGACGAGGGAGUGUACACAACUGAUAAUUUCGACGUGUACGACGGUAAAUGGUGUGACGAUAAAUUUGGCAGCGAUAAAUUUUACAUUCGAUACAAUAAUAAUGCACGCUAUAAGGGGAAUGUUGACGCGAAUGGAAUGAUGAAUGGUACAGGAACAUAUAUUUUUCCGGAUGGGUCCUCAUUGACGUCGAUAUGGUCCCGAAAUAAGCCCAUCUCAGACAUUGUUUACAAGGAACCGCUUGGAUAUAAAUGGACAACUACACUGAUUUCAGAUAACGUUUGUAUAAGCACAAAAUUAUGAAUCGACGAAAAUAUUCCAGUUUUUUUUACAUAGAUUUGUAGUUAUGUUAAAAGAACUCUUGUCAUUUAUAUACAGCAUGUUACGUUUACAACUGCUAAUCAGUUUUGGAACGAAAUAUAUAGAGAAUCUUCGGAAGAAAACUCCUCUUCCUCUGUUCGACGUUGAUGAAGUUAAUGUAAAUCACAAUUAUAAUCGCGCAAUUAUUAUAUGAAAUGUUAAGUAAAAAUUAACUUAUGGCACACUUUUUAUUAGAUGUAUUUACAAAUUCUAAACAUAUGACUGUUAUAUUUACAACAACAGCGAAAUAAACCAUUAACAAUUAUAAUAUACGCGUUUGCUUUUA